GAGGAGGAGAAGGGGCAGGAGGAGGAGGAGACUCGACCGCAGCGCCCCGGUCCGCGCGGGCUGCCCGCACCGACGGCACCGGUCCCUGGCUGGUGAUGGCUAUGUCCUAGGUGAGACCCACCAUGAGCCAGAGCGGGGCCUCGCGCCUGGCGGGCUCACCGCCGCUGCCAGGGGGCUCGCUGCUGGCACUGCUGGCCCCCGAGCCCUCCCCGUCCCCCCCCAGUGGGACACCCUCGCCCGGGCCCCCUCCGGCACUGCUGGAAGGGGACUGGGAAGGGCGGGAGGAGCUGCGGCUGCGGGAGCUGGAGGAGGCACGGGCACGUGCGGCGCAGAUGGAGAAGACGAUGCGGUGGUGGUCGGACUGCACGGCCAACUGGAGGGAGAAAUGGAGCAAGGUGCGGGCUGAGCGCAACCGGGCCCGCGAGGAGGUGCGGCAGCUGCGGCAUCGCCUGGAGGCCCUCACCAAGGAGCUGGCCAGCCUCCGCCGCGACCGCGACCGCGACCACAGCCGUGACCACGACCACAACCGUGACCACAACUGCGAACGUGACCGUGACCGGCUGCAUGGGGCGGAGGGAGAAGCUGACCCGGAGCAUGAGCCUGUGCGGGAUGUGGGGGCUGAGGCACCCCCAAAAGCCAAGGAGCUAGAGCUGAUGGAAAACAUCUUGGCGAGCAAGCAGGACGAGAGCUGGGAGCAGCGGGGCAGCCGGACCUCCUUCACCCGGCAGGAGCGGAGCCGCCUGCUCUGGGAGGACAUCAGCAUCAUGGAGGAGGAUGCCACCAAAGUCACCGCCCUCAAGCUGAGGCUGGAUGAGUCCCAGAAAGUGCUGCUCAAGGAGCGGGAGGAUAAGCUGGCACUCAGCAAGAGCAUUGAGAAGCUGGAGGGCGAGCUCAGCCAGUGGAAGAUCAAGUUUGAGGAGCUCAACAAGAACAAGCAGGAGGUGUUGAAGCAGCUCAACAUCCUGAAGGAGAUCCACCAGGACGAGCUGGGGCGCAUCUCUGAGGACCUGGAGGAUGAGCUGGGUGCUCGCUCCAGCAUGGACAAGAAGCUGUCUGAGCUGCGAGCAGAGGUGGAGCGGCUGCAGGCAGAGAACGCAGCCAAGUGGGGCCGGCGGGAGCGGCUGGAGACGGAGAAGCUCAACCUGGAGCGGGAGAACAAGAAGCUGAGGGCGCAGAUCGAGGACCUGGAGGAGGUGCUGGCUUGCAAGCGGUGCCAGACGGCCAGCACCCUGGACACUGACCUCAAAACCAUCCAGGCUGAGCUCUUUGAGAAGAACAAGGAGCUGGCUGACCUGAAGCACAUCCACACCAAGCUGAAGAAGCAGUACCAGGAGAAGAUGGCUGAGCUGGCCCACGCCAACCGCCGUGUGGAGCAGCAUGAGGGCGAGGUGAAGAAGCUGCGCUUGAGGGUGGAGGAGCUCAAGAAGGAGCUGGCCCAAGCUGAGGACGAGCUGGAUGAGGCCCACAACCAGACACGGAAGCUGCAGCGGUCGCUGGAUGAGCAGACGGAGCAGAGCGAGAGCUUCCAAGUGCAGCUGGAGCAUCUGCAGUCCCGGCUCCGGCGGCAGCACAGUGCCCUGCUCUUUGGCAAGAUGCGCAGCACCCGCUUCGGCCCUGAUGACGCCAGGGACAGCACCAGCGACCCCAAUGAGGAUGAGGACCUGCAGAUCCAGGUGCCCUAGAGGCCUGGGCCACCACCACAGGGACGCCCCAUGGUGGGCCUCUGCCCACAAGUGCCUGUCACCAGGUGGUGACCCUCAUAUAGAUGGGGAAACUAAGGCACGGGGAGGAAUUUGCCCAGGGAUGCUCCAAGCCCGCUGCCUCUCAGACAGUAUCCAGCGCCCCUCAGCCACCAGCACCUCAUGGGACACAGAUGUGGCCACCAAAAGCAGCAUCACUAAGCAGCCCAGGAGGAGGAAACGCAGGGCAGAGAGGGGCACCAAGCCCUGCCACAAGCCACGCUGUCCUGCCCACAUUUUCUAUAUUUAUUAUAUAUAUGCAUGUAUUUGUAUAUGAUUUUUUUACUAUAAAUACGGUGCCCAGAGGGGCCCAGGCUCUGGUGGUGUCUUGAGCUGGUGGUCUGUCCCCAUGCUGGAGCAGGGAUGGAGGGGGCAGGAGGGAACAGCAUGGGGGCUGGAUGCGUGGCUGCUGGUGUCACCCUGCUGCCACUGCUGUCCUCACGCCUGGGGACGAGCCCAGCUCAUGGGUAAAACCCAUCCCUGUGCCUGCGAAGCAAGAAGCAGGGAGGCUUGUGACCAUGGAGGGACAUGCAGGGCUGCAGCGGGCAGGCAGAGGUGCUCACCCAUGGGUGCAGAGGGUGCUCACCGUGGGUGCAGGGGUGCUCACCCAUGGGUGCUGACCAACCCAGCCCAGCCCCAACAGCACAGGGCCUUGCAGGGCUUUGGAAGAACUCAGACACAACCUUAUUAAAAAUUAAUAUUUCGGUGAGCUAA